AUUUCCUUGCCCGAUAUGUCACAUUGUACGGAUAGGAUAUACGAGAUGAAAAAUAUUCACGGAGAAAGUGGAAAAGGCGACCAUAUGGGAACAGGGAUCAAGAUCAUUGCCGAUGUUACAGAGCAGGUUAUCGAGUUUUUGAAGGUUUCCAUCUUUUUCUAGUAUCCAUUAUCGAUAUAAAAUGACAUUAAAUAACAAACUGAAUUUACCCUUAUACUCGCACGGCAACUAGCCAUGGCACGAAUCAAUGUUUCUUCUUUCUUCGACCUGUCGUGCAUGACUCCUCCCAAAAUUUCCACGAGUACUGAUCACGAUCGACCGAGAAUAUGGUUCUCGAAGCUUGAUCGAUGUUUGCCCCUCCAAUUUUUCGUAUAACAGGAUCUAAUGCGAGUGCCUACUGUGAAAAAUAACUCGGCUUCUGGUAACAGUGCAAUAUAGUGACAAUUGAAACAGAAGAAUGGCAAGCUUACUAAAUUAGAACUGCACUAAAAGCUACAAAAGUACAGUUGUAUAACCAAAGAUACAUAAGAACUAAGAAAUGAAACUAUAUAAAUAUCAACAUAGAAAAAUAUUAAUAUAGAAUGACAUUCAAAUGAUAUAUUUAAAAAGCAGAGACUUUUUCAUUAAAAAUAAUUAUGAUAAUUGCAUAGAUACAAUUAUUAUAAUACAAAGGACAAAGUUUUUGAAAUCUUUUUACAGUAUAGUAGAAUAAAAAAUAUGUUUUAUAGUAACGAUCAUUUUUAGACAAGUUUAUUAGUAUAAUAGUAUGUUAACAUCUGAGUAUAUUUAUUUAGAUCUAAAUUGCUAUUAUAUAUUCUUUAAAAAAUAUAAGAAUCCUUUACCAGAAUAUGCUUUAUUAGAAGCUAGACAAGAAAAAAUUUUAGUUCAAUUAGCAGAACUUAAGAAACAAGUAUCUACUCUUUGCGACUUUUUAAAACAUACAAAUCAUGUAAAGUUGCCAGCAGAUUACAAUAAAAAGAAAAAUAAUAUGCUUUCUGAUGUAUAUUAUGAACCUAAAUCAAUCAAUGUUAAUUUAAUAAUAAAUGUAAAUCCAAAGAAGCCUCCAUACUCCAUAUUAGCACUUCAAAAAGUUUGGAAUGAUAUUAGUAUAAAAUUGGAAUCAUAUGUUCAUUCAAGUGUUAUUGGAAAUGUACCUGAGAUAUAUAUCUGUGAUAUACAUCCACCUAAACCGAAUAUAAUAAAUUUAUUCCUCAUAUGGAAAGAAGUUGAGGAUCUUGAAUUUGUCACAGGAUUAUAUAAUUAUUCUUUAUUUGGCGAAGUUAACUUAUUAAGAUAUUUAAGUAGGAUAUUGGAUAUACAUAAUUUUGACAAUUGUUUAGAUCCUUCACAAGCAAACAUAUUUGAUACUGUACUUGAUUAUUGCUAUUGUCUACAAAUAGAAAAAUCAUCAGAAAAGCAGCAAUUGAUAUUGCAAUUUAUUACAAAAAAAUUAGGAACAAAUAAAUGGUUUGGAAAAAAUAAACCAAAUAUUGUUGAUAUUGCUGUAUGGUCUGUAAUUAAACAAAUUUCUGUACAAAAUAUACCAUUGAAUCUUAAAAAGUGGAUUAAUACUUGUGAAAAAGUUUUCAAAUAAAUGCAUUAUUUGUACAAUA